UCAAUCAUAGCGAUUGCCUAAUUGAGGCGCAAUAGAGUUCACUGGCGAAUACCGGAAAUAACUAAACCAACGAACGAGAAAUGGUGGAGGCUAUCAGAAUGAAGAGACAUUUUUCCGAAUAAACGUGUGGGUUUGCAGGAGCCGGUGUCUUGUAGAAAGGGAAGGAAGAGGAUACGCUGUUAUAGAAUGUAUGUAAACCAGUAAGAGAAGGCCAAUCACCUCCGGACAGGAGCAGCAGACCUGAGUUAGUCGUGAGACAGAAGAUAACUUUCCAGACCAGUUCACCGUGUCAGCAGCUGUGAAGGGGGUCAAAGACUAACGGCACAGACGUCAGUUCUACGUCUACUUUGGAUUAACAUUUGAUUGAGUUAUCAACGAACCUUGAAUUCAACGUGAAAUCAACAACACAUUUUCACCAUGUCAUUGGAUUGAGGUUAGAAGUUGGAUGAAAAAAGACUAAAUGCCCUUACAUUGGUAACUUUUUGCAAAUCUAAUCCGUUUUUCACAUUGAUUCAACGUCAUCACAUUGCUUUUUGUGGGGGUUGAAAUGACGUGGAAGCAAACACACAGACUAUUUUGAUUCAAACAGUUUUUGCCAAGUGGGUCAUGUUUACAACUCCCUGAUCAACAAUGGAGACACCUGUCCCUGAGCUGCUGCUGGCCACUCUAGAGGACAACCUGUGUGAAAAAAAACUCAAGAAAUUCAAAUGGCACCUGGUCCAGGGUGUAAAAGGUUUCCCUCAACACAUCCCAAAGGCCCGGCUGGACAAAGCCGACCACCAGGACACUGUGGAUAAGAUGGUGGAGACUUACGGCCUUGAGGGCGCAAAGAUGAUCACACUGGAGGUCCUGAAGAAGAUGAAGCUGAUUGAUCUCACUAAUAUGUGGACAGAACCAGCAGCCCGGAGUAGUCCAGCAGUGGUUCAGAAAGUCAGAGAUGAACUGAAAUCGUACCUAAAGAAGAAGUAUGACCAAAUAUAUGAGGGGACAUCAAAGAAAGGGGAUUUUGUCUAUCUAAACAAGAUCUACACUGAGCUUUACGUGAUAGAUGGGGCCAUGGGAGGGGUCAGUGGUGAUCAUGAGGUCAGAUGUCUGGAUUCCAGAACACCAGCCACAGAAGAGACCGUUAAGCUCAGUGAAAUAUUCAAACCCCAGCCUGAUCAGAAGAAACGAAUCAGAACAGUGCUUUCACUGGGCAUCGCUGGCGUGGGAAAAACUGUCUCUGUACAGAAGUUUAUUCUUGACUGGACAGAAGGAAAGGAGAACCAGGACAUUGACUUCAUCAUUCCACUUCCUUUUCGCCAAAUCAAUAAAAUAAGAGAAGAAGACUGCAGUCUGAUUGACCUGCUUCAUCAGUUCUUCCCCUUCAUGGAACCAAUCAAUACUCUGGAGGAAGGUUUUAAGGUUCUGUUCAUCUUUGAUGGUCUGGAUGAGAGUCGGCUCCCUCUGGCCCUUAAUCAUAAUAAAGAUGUGGCUAAAGACACAAAAACAGCUCCGCUGGACGUCCUGAUCACAAACCUCAUCACAGGACAGCUCCUCCCUUCUGCUCUCAUCUGGAUAACCUCCCGACCUGCAGCAGCCAAUCAGAUUGAUCGAAACUACAUCCACCAGUGGACCGAGAUACGAGGUUUCAAUGACCCUCAGAAGGAGGAGUACUUCAGGAAGAGAUUCUGUAAUGAUGACCAGGCCUACAGAAUCAUCAACCAUAUAAAGUCUUCAAGGAGCCUCCACAUUAUGUGUCACAUACCAGUGUUUUGUUGGAUUUCAGCCACUGUUCUGAAUGAUAUCCUGGGUAAAACAAAGAGUGGAGAGAUGCCAAAGACUCUGACUAAAAUGUACGAACACUUCCUGCUCUGCCAGACUGAUAAAAUGACAGAACAGAAGUAUCCCACAGGUAGUAAAAACGCUGUCCUUCAACUAGCAAAACUAGCAUUCUGUCAACUGCAAAAAGGACAAUUGAUUUUCUAUGAGAAAGACCUGCGAGAGAGUGGUAUUGACAUUGAGGUGGCUAUAGUGUACUCGGGUGUGUGCACUGAAAUAUUUCUGGAGGAGGAGAAAGUUUUUAGUUUUGUGCAUCUGAGUGUUCAAGAGUUCCUUGCAGCUCUAUAUGCUUACCACUGUCACACAACAGACAACAACAAUGUACUUCUCCCAAAGCUGACAAGGAAACAUUCAAUAUUUUGUUUUGAUUGUAUUCCACAGUCUUGUAAAUCUGUGUUUGACUUACAUAAGACGGCAAUCGACAAAGCCUUAGAGAGCCAGAAUGGACACUUGGACCUUUUUCUCCGCUUCCUGCUUGGUCUUUCACUGGAGUCCAAUCAGAGACUCCUGAGUGGAAUCCUACCAGAGACAAAGGACAGAGAGGACAUUGAGAAAACAGUCAGCUACAUCAAGGAGAAAAUCCGAGAGGACCUUUCUCCAGAGAAGAGCAUCAACCUGUUCCACUGUCUGAGUGAGCUGAAGGAUGAGUCUCUGGUGCUGGAGAUCCAGAGCUAUCUGAGAUCGGGGAGUCUGCCAGUGAAUAACCUGUCACCUACACAGUGGUCAGCACUUACCUUUGUGUUAAUGACAUCUGAGGAAACACAAGAGGUGUUUGACCUGAAGAAAUACAUCAGAUCAGAGGAGGGCCUCCUGAAGCUGUUGGCAGUCAUCACCUCCUGCAGGUGUGCUCUACUAGAUAGCUGUAACCUUACAGCAAGAUGCUGUGAAAUGUUGGCAAAAGCUAUCGGCUCAAACUCCUCUUACAUGAGAGAGCUGGACCUGAGUGACAAUGACCUACAGGAUUCAGGAGUGAAACUACUCUCUGCUGGGCUGAGGAGUCCAAUCUGCAAACUGGAGACACUAAGACUGAAUAGAUGUAACCUCACAAAGAACUGCUGUGUAGCAUUGGCCUCAGCUCUGACUCCGAGGUCAAACACCUCACACCUAAGGAAGCUGGACCUGAGUGACAACAAUCUACAAGACUCAGGGGUCCAGAAGCUUUCUGAUAGACUGAAUGAUCCACAAUGUAAACUGGAGACACUGGGGUUGUCGCUCUGCGGAGUCACCGAGAAAGGCUGUGCUUAUCUGGCUACAGCUCUGAGGUCAAACCCCUCCCACCUGAAAGAGUUGGACCUGAGCUACAAUCACCCAGGAGAUUCAGGAGUAAAGCUGCUCUCUGCUGGACAACAUAUAGUCAGUUUUCACCCUGGGGGAGAAUACUGGUUCAGCGUUAGAUAUGCCUGUAACCUCACACUGGACCCAAACACAACAUUCAGAAAUCUAUCUUUGUCUGAGGAGAACAGGAAGGUGACAUGGGUGACCACGAAGCAGCCAUACCCUGAUCACCCUGAGAGAUUUCACGACUAUGCACAGGUGCUGUGUAGAGAGGGUCUGACUGGCCGCUGCUACUGGGAGGUCGAGUGGAGUGGGAAUAGGGUUGAAAUAGGUAUGACAUAUAAAGGAAUCAGCAGAAGAGGACAGAUAGAUGACUGUGUUUUGGGACACAAUGACAAAUCCUGGUGUCUAGAUUGUGAUGGUAACCAAUACACUGCCUGGCACAAUGAUGAGGACACUGCCAUAUCUGUCUCCUCUCGCUCCAACAGAGUAGGAGUGUCUCUGAUUUGGUCGGAUGGCAGUUUGUCCUUCUAUAGCAUCUCUUCUUCUAACACGUUGACACACCUGUACACAUUCCAUACCAAAUUCACUGAGCCCCUCUACCCAGGGUUUAAUAUUACAAACAACUCUUCAGUGACUUUGUGUCAUAGAUACCGAAUGAGAAGUUCCCAGGCUCAAUUUCCACCGCAUAUAGGCAAGAGCCUGAUACACUAUGCAACAGAGUGAGACUUGAAAGGAGCGCACCUUAAAAUUGUGGUGGGAGAGAGAACCUGCUACAGUUGUUUAGAUGGGAUUUUGAAAAUGAAGAUUCUGAGUUUAUAAAGUGAAAACGAUUUCUAAGAUGCAUACUUUCACAUAUAAUUAAGUCCUGCAUUCGGACACGAGUCCUGCAUUCAGAUACGAGUCCUGCAUUCAGACACGAGUCCUGCAUUCACUCACGAGUGCCAGAAAUGUUCCAAAAAGCAGAAUCUGCAUUGAUUACCAUGGAGAGUGGAUGUUCCUAUUCCGCUUUGUCCGGUGGAGCGGGCCAGAGGCUCCUUUCAAGUCCUGUUUUGAGGCCUUGUGAAACCAGAGGGUUCCAGAGAGCCGGCUGGGUGGAGGAGCACUAUCUGUUGGAUGUAGGCCCACAGACGUUCCCUCUCCUCUGUGUAGUUCCAGUUACACUCUAACUGGAAUGUCAGCUGCAGGAUAGCAAAACUAGGGGCUUGUGGAAUGUCAGCUGCAGGAUAGCAAAACUAGGGGCUUGUGGAAUGGAAUGUCAGCUGCAGGACAGCAAAACUAGGGGCUUGUGGAAUGUCAGCUGCAGGAUAGCAAAACUAGGGGCUUGUGGAAUGGAAUGUCAGCUGCAGGACAGCAAAACUAGGGGCUUGUGGAAUGGAAUGUCAGCUGCAGGACAGCAAAACUAGGGGCUUGUGGAAUGACGGAAGCUAUACUGUUACACACACAAAACAUGAAACAAUACAAGAACGCCAUUAGACAAGGACAGAACUACAUGCAUUUUUUAAAAUGUACACGCAGCCUACAUAUCAAUGGAUGCACACUUUUCCAUUGAUUCUAUUGGAUUUAGUCUAUUCCAGUGAAUCUUUUGGCUCUUAUAGACUGUAUUAUACAGAGUCUCUUAUGAACAUCAUGAAGUUGUACUUGUUUCAUCAGUCACUAGUACUCUGGUUGUUGUCUUUGCUGGUGACAUCACAUUUCUCCUCUGGGGAUUAAUUAAUCUCUCGUUAACAGAUGUUCCAUUUCUACAAUUACGUAAGAUUUUAGUUCUGGGUUAGGGAUGAAUUAAUGUAACAGGACUGUGUCCAUGUCCAUCUCAGAUGCUAUCUGGUGAGUGCAAUUUGAUUAACUGUGUUGUGAAUAAAAAUGGCUGACCAAAUGGAAGCGUUGAACUGUCCAGGGAAACUUAAAUAGAUUUAGCAAUAGGAACAUUAUUUUGGUAUUACACGACACUUGAUGUGACGUCACAGAGGACAAAAAAAUCUAUUUGAAAAAUGUCUAUUUCUUUUGUUCUGUUUAUCUGAAAUAAAUCAUAUUUAACAGUGUAA